UUCUAUUUUUUAAAUUGCCCACAUCGACGGCGUUGUUGAAUGUUUGAACCGGAAGUUGAUCCCUACCCGCCCAGUCCGUGCGCAGACUUAUUAUAUCUACUUCCGUUUCUGAAACGUUCAGGAUUGUUCCGAGCUGAAGGAACGAACUGUCUUAUACGUGUUUUCAUUUGGUUGCGUAAAGCGAUUGUUUAACUAACUACUACAACCAAAAACGGAAUAUCUUUUCAAAUAUUUUGUGAAUAUAAUUUCUCGCAGAAUCUCAGCCAAGACUGUUAGAUAAAGAAACCUCAAGGCCACGUUGCAGCGAAUAUAGUGACGUCCCAGUCCAACGAUGCCCAACAAGUUUCAAAAGGAGUGUUUAGACGCCCACAAUGAAUAUCGCUCCCAACAUGGUGCGCCUGGGAUGAAGUGGUCAGCAAAGCUUGCAUCUGAUUGCGAGAAAUGGGCCAGAGAACUGGCUCGAAAGAAUACCUUACAACAUUCGUCUGGGGAUUAUGGGGAAAACUUGGCCUUUGCUUCAGGAUAUGAGCUGACAGGAAAACGCUCGUCAGAAAUGUGGUAUGAAGAAAUUAGCAAGUAUCGAUUUAACAACCCCGGGUUUUCAUCCGGUACCGGACAUUUUACACAGCUCGUAUGGAUUGGAUCGCGAGAAAUGGGGGUGGCUAAGGCAGCGAGUUCCUCUGGGGCACAAUACGUAGUUGCCCGGUACUACCCGGCUGGUAAUGUCUUAGGUGCGUUUCCAGCCAACGUCAAACCAAGAGGAGCUAAAGUAGACAAAAAUGCGAAGCCUGCUGGAAAUGAUAAGUCACGUGGUGGUGGCAGUGCAGCACCGGCAUCGAACAAACCACAAAGCUCUCGUGAGUUCAAGAAUGACAUCUUAAAAGCACACAACGAGUACCGGUCUCUUCACGGUGUAAAGUCCCUUAAGUGGAACUCGAAAUUAGCGUCUGAGGCUCAAAGCUGGGCAGAAAAUCUAGCACAACGGAAUUGUAUCCAACAUAGCAGUGCCAGAGAUUACGGAGAGAGUAUUGCUUAUAUGAGUGGGGCUCCAUUAACUGGACGUAAAGCAACGGAUAUGUGGUACGAGGAAGUCGACAAAUAUCGGUUUAAUAAUCCCGGAUUUUCUUCGGGUACGGGACAUUUUACACAAGUUGUCUGGGCAAGCACGACGGAAAUGGGUAGUGGGAAGGCUACUAGUUCAACUGGUGCUCAGUUUGUCGUCACACGUUAUACUCCACCUGGAAACGUCGUGGGUCAGUUUCCUGACAAUGUAAAGCCGAGGUCACCAGGAGGAACUAAUGGAGAAAAAAGUUGCUGUGUCAUACUGUGAUCCGAAGGACGGUUAAUUUUGCUCUCAAACUCUCAUCUCUCAUCUCAUUAUUUUAGCUGGUUAUUUGUACAAAAUUAUCUGGGAAAUUGAUUAUAUGAGACUAUAACAGCAAUUUUGUGGAAAAAAACCCUAAAUCGAUAAGCAAGGGACAACGAAUCUAGUCAAGUCAAUUAACCUUCAAAGGUUUUAUUCAUGGAGUAAAAGUAGUGAGAAGUUGAGCAAAAACGUAAGGCGACUUGUCACCAUUCAUGACAACAGAGUUUUUCUUUAAACUGUUUAGCGCACUGAUUUGAAUUCAUUAAGUUUUGGAUAAUGUUCUUUAUGAUUUAUUAUAAAUUGGACCAGCUGACAAAGACACUGAAAAGAGCCCGCCCAAWGAAAGUUGUGGGAACAUCCAUUGCAGACGUUCUAUGUAGUUAGUCAAAGGAAUGAAUUUGUAAAAAUGACAGUAUAUGUAAUUCCUUGUUGUAUUUAUAUUAAUAUAAGUCAAUAAAGAUGAAUAAAGAUUUAUUUGACCUUGUAUA